GGGGAAAACACACGAAAGCCGGUCGUUUGUGCGUUGUUUGGAAAACGCUAGCGACAACGCGCUGCCAAGUUCUAGCCUGGAGCUUGGCAACUGCGGUUACUUUUUCUUUUCCACUGACAGGGUUGUUACUGACUGGGAAAAGACUUUUCUUACUUUCGCUAAAUCUUAUGUUAAACUUCUCGUUUUCCUCAAACCACUAGAUUUACCCCUCCCCCCACCCCAAGUGUCUUUGCUGCGGGAUACGCGUGUCCUGGCAGGGCUGACCUCCCACCCACCUAGCCUCGGCCGUGAUUGCGUGUCAGAGAUCAGUGGCUUCAGGAUGGUGACUGCCAAGGAGUGGGUACUGAAGAAGCAUUUUGAGGGUUUCCCCAAAAACAGCGAUUUUGAAAUGAAACAGGUGGUGCUGGCAAACCUAAAGGAUGGAGAACUGCUGCUUGAAUCCGUGUUUCUUAGUGUUGAUCCUUACAUGAGACCUUACAGUAAAAGGGACAUGAAGGAAGGGGAUGUAAUGAUAGGCACACAGGUUGCCAGGAUUGUGGAAAGCAAGAAUCCAGCUUUUGCAGUAGGGGCCUUUGUUGUGGCUAAUAGAGGCUGGAGAACUCAUUUCAUCUCUGAUGGAAAAGACCUGAAACUCCUUCCUUCAAGUUGGCCAGAAUCACUCCCCAAAUCUCUAGCACUUGGGACAGUUGGUAUGCCAGGCCUCACUGCUUAUUUUGGUCUGUUUGAAGUCUGCAAGAUGAAGCCGGGAGAGACAGUGCUGGUUAAUGCUGCAGCUGGUGCUGUGGGCUCGGUGGUGGGGCAGCUUGCUAAAAUAGGGGGUUGUAAAGUGGUGGGCUGUGCUGGCUCAGAUAACAAGGUUGCUUACCUGAAAAAAUUAGGCUUCGAUGAAGCCUUUAAUUACAAGACGGUCACGUCCUUGGAUGAAGCACUGCGUAAAGCCUCUCCUGAUGGCUAUGACUGUUUCUUUGACAAUGUGGGUGGAGAAUUUGCCAGUAUUGCUAUCAACCAGAUGAAGAAAUAUGGGAGGAUUGCAGUCUGUGGAGCCAUCUCUCAGUACAAUGACUCUGUGCCUCAGAAAGGACCUUAUAUUCAGAUGCCAAUGAUUUUCAAGGAACUUAGCAUGAAAGGAUUUAUU